AUGUGGGAUUUGAUCGUUCAUCAAUUUUUGCCCACUGUGAUUAUUGUAUUCUUUAGCGUGGCACUUCUUAUUCGUACCAUAUUACAGAAAAAUCAUUUACGUCAAGGAGUUCAAUGGCGAAAACAUAAAAAGAUGAUCAUUCAAUUGUUGUCCAUCUCAGCUGUCUAUAUCAUCUUCAAUGUACCAUGGGUUUUAGUCAUUUUUGCUCAUCAAUAUGGUUUACCGGAUAAUAUUGCAAAAGUCGCUUUGAUUUAUACAGGAUUUCUUUAUUAUUUUGUUAUAUUGUUGUUUCCAUGUGUCUGUUGUUUAUCAUUAUCUGAAUUGCGAUCUAAAGUCAAAGAGAAACUUUUAUUCUGGCAACAAGCACGAAAAGUUGGUCCAACAACAUUACCUAUGAUACGACCACGAACUGAUGGAACAAAGAUGAAUCAAAUUACAAAUCGAAUUUUACGACAUUUCUGA